AUGGCAGUGCCCUUCGGCUGUCGGCACACGCCGUUCGCCAGUCGUGCGUCGAGAGUCGAGACUCGAGACCAGUCGCGACGCAAGCCGCGAAGCGCUAGACACAGACCGCCAACGUCAAUGGAGUGGCUCAAGAGAGUUACGCGUCAGCGAGAGGCCGAAGCGGGGAGCGGGGACGACGCCCUGGAGAGUGCACAGGAGCGCCGGGAACGCUGGCGCAGCAUCUACGUCAUUUACUUUACAAUGUUCCAGAUGUCGCUCGGGUUCAGCAUCGUGCUGACUGGCGUGUGGCCUUAUCUGGACAAGCUGGAGCCGGGCGCAAGUAAAGAGGCUUUAGGUUUGGCAGUGGGGGUUAGUCCGUUGGGGCAGCUGGUGGCGUCACCGCUGCUGGGGCUUUGGGCCAAUCGCGCUUCGUCUGCGCGCGCUCCUAUCCUCGUCAUGUUGCUCGUCUUCGUAGUCGCAUCCGUGCUCUACGCAAAUUUGCACCUCACACGACCCUUAGCGCAUUCCUGGAUGCUGGCCGCGCGAGCUCUCGUCGGGAUCAGCUCCGCGAACGUGGCGGUGGCGCGCUCCUAUCUGUCAGCGGCGACCAAGGAGAGCGAGCGCACGCGCGCAGUCGCCGGUUGUUCGCUGGCACAGGUCUUGGGAUUCGUGGUCGGUCCGGCGCUGCAGGCGGCCGCCGCACCGCUGGGCCCCGGGCCGCCCUACCCGCCCUCUACGGACACCCGAUCCUUCGCUCUGCGCCUCGACAUGUACACCGCGUCCGGUUGGAUUAAUGCGCUGCUCGGUAUCAUCAAUGUCAUCCUCUUCUUACCGUUCUGUUUCAAAGAAAGGAAGAUCGCCGCUAGAGAAGCGAUGCUCGCGCAAGGAAAGGAAAAUGAGAAGGAAGCUUUGAAGGAAUUAAAGCCGGACUACUUGAGCGGCUGGACAUUGGUGGCGGCGUUCUUCGUGCUCGUAUUUAAUUUUGUCUUACUAGAAACGUUGGCCACGUCUUUGACCAUGGACCAGUUCGGCUGGAGUAAGAAACAAGCCCUCGAGUACAUGGGCGCUCUCAUGAGCGCUGGCGCGCUUGUCGCUUGCGCUGUAUUCGCCCUCAUCACACCUCUCACGAAAAUAUUCGAAGAGAGGGCGCUUCUCCUGUGGGGCGGUUUCCUGCUGACGGGUUUAGCGUCGGUGCUGUGCAUCCCAUGGGGACCGGGAAAACCUCCGUUGGCUCCCGUCGAAGCGACCGAGUCGGGUGGAGGCUGCCCGGCGCAGGCGCAACCGUGGUGUACGACGUCUCGUGGACUCACUCUUUCGCAGUUUUUCCUCGGAUACACGUGCGUCUCCAUCGGUUACCCCCUCGGAGUCACGCUUAUUCAAACAAUUUUCUCUAAGGUGCUGGGGCCGCGGCCGCAAGGCGUCUGGAUGGGCGUACUGACGGGCGCGGGAUGCCUGUCGCGUGCGCUCGGUCCCGUGUUCGUGGCAAGCGUGUACGCGCGUCGGGGUCCCGACGCGACUUUUGGAGCGACUGCCGCCUUCACGUUCGCCGCCCUCGCGGGCCUGCGCCUCGUGUACGACCGCCUGAAGCCGCCCGAGCCGGUCUCGGCGACCAUUCCUUCGCCGCUCGAAAUGCAGCCGCUCACCUCUACUGCCGAUUCGAGUUCCGCUCCGGCCGCCGCAGACCCUUGA